GCCAACAGACAAGCACACAAACGCACGCACACACACACACGUGAGCGCGCGCGCGCAUAAAGCCUAUACCGACGCAUUUCCGUCAGCUUAUACUACACAGCGACAUGUCUGUUCGUCAGUGGUCAUGGUCUGUCAUGCUCGGAGAGGCAGGGAAAGAGCAUGGCUUGGCGAUGCUGGCUCGGGGCUUGCAGUGUUAGCCCACCUUGGCUGGGUUCUCACUCGCAUGCGCGCGCUGUGUGGGAGAGCUGCAGAGAUGGAAAUGGACGGAUGAUGAUGAUGAUGCUGCUGCUGCUCCUUUCUUUCUCUCCUCUAGGUUUUCUUUCAGCCAAGACAAGGCGAUGGGACCUACACUGAGAAAACUAUUCAAGACAUUUACAAGACUGGACCAAAUGAAGAUUCCAACGUUUUUAACUCUUCAUAACUACAUUUCGUUUUGUUACUGUUAAAAAAGCACUGGCCGAAGCAUCUGCUUUGCAAAACCCUUUCUGAAUGACUGCAAAACUACCAGGCCAGAGUAUGCCAUCUGCACCUACGCACAGGAUUCUGCGACCCCUCAUGCUUGGCACCUUCUUACUGGGCUGUUUUGUGACUCUGUUUUUGAUGUACCUCAAGCCGUCCACUAGCUGGUUAUCGGGCCCUGUUGAAUCGGAAACAUCCACGGCUCGAGUAAAGAGCCUCCUGUCCAACAGAAGUGAGCAGAACCAGACUACGGUGCUCGUCUGGCUCUGGCCAUUUGGGGAAACCUACGACCUGAACGUGUGCAGCUCCCUGUUUAGUAUCGACAACUGUUUCAUAACCGCUGAUCGCAACCUUUAUAACAAAUCUGAUGCGGUCGUCAUCCAUCACAGAGAUAUUAGCACAGAUCUGUCUAACAUGCCACCGGCGUAUCGGCCUCCUCUGCAGAAAUGGAUCUGGAUGAACCUCGAGUCACCAUCGCAUUCAUCCCAGUUACCCGGCAUCGAGAACCUGUUCAACCUGACACUGAAUUACCGUCAGGACGCUGAUAUUGAAGUGCCUUAUGGCGCCAUUGUCGCCUCUCAAGGCGAGGAAGGCUUUGUACCCCCGAGCAAGAACAAGCUGAUCUGCUGGAUUGUGAGCAACUGGAACCCGGAUCAUGUACGAGUGAAGUACUACAAUGAAUUAUACAAGCAUGUGGAGAUCCAUGCCUACGGCCAAGCAUUCGGCGAGUACAUAUCGGACCAGGACUACUUCCCCACCAUCGCCAGCUGCAAAUUCUACUUGGCAUUCGAGAACUCGAUUCACAAGGACUACAUCACGGAGAAACUGUACAACCCGCUUUCAGUUGGUACGGUGCCAGUAGUUUUGGGCCCACCGAGGGAGAAUUAUCAGAAUUUUGUCGAGGGCGAUGCUUUCAUCCACGUGGACGACUUCUCCUCCCCAAAAGAGCUGGCUGAAUAUCUUUUAUUUCUGGACAAGAACGAGGAACUUUACUUGAGGUACUUUGACUGGCGUAAACACUUCAAGGUAAAGAAAGCCUAUUUCUGGGCUGAACACACUUGUCUAGCUUGUGAUUAUGUCAGAAGACACAAUGAAUACAAGGCGUUUAAUAAUCUUGACAAAUGGUACUGGGGUUAAUCUGGACAUGUGCUGAUUGGCUGCAAAUGAUGUAAGAGGUUGAUACCAUGUUUUCCAGGCUAUAAGACACAUUUGCACCCCCCUUAAUGAUGUAAGACUAACACAACAAACUGCCAUGCAUGUAAGUAUUUUUGUAUGCGCCCAUUUGCAAAUGUUCUACGGUAACCCAUAUACUCCAAACCUGCUACAUUCCCAGUGUUACCUUAGAGUUAACAUUUAAAAUUGUUGUUAGGAUGGAUGCAAGUCUGUUUUACAUUGUGCAAGUUUAAUCGUUCCUAAUCAGGGGUGGCUGUACCAGGCUAGUACCAGUCUGGUUGACAAUUAGGUUCAACAAUGAGAACUUUAAAACAAAGCUAUUGUUUGGUGUGAUUGGUUAAACCAAAUGGCGCUUUGACGCGGUAACUUUAGGGCACAUUAUUUAAUCCCACCGCUUGCUACAUCAGCUCUUGAAGGAUAAUUUACUCUUACCUUGUGGUUAAACAUAUCUUCAGAAAAUAACCAGACUGAAUUAACCAAGCACCCAAGCCAUUGACUUGCUGACAUUUUCUCACAUUGUGCAACAAUUUCUUGGCCAUCGACUGCUGAAGAUGACGUUCUCCCAAACAGCUGAUUCGGUGUCAUAGUGUCUUAAGACUUUUGAGAAACAAGUUCUUGGAAUUUUUUUCAAUUUAGAAUGCUAAUUGCUUAAAAGCAGAAUGUCGUUACAUGUCGUUGUUGCGUCGCAGGACUGUUGUGAGAGAAUAGCAAUCGUAUAGUAUGACCUAAAACACUGAUAGCCCGCAAUCUGACAGGUUUGAAUGACAUCAUGUGACACACUUUAACAUAAACUUAUAGGACGUUUGUUAGUGCACAGUGUAAAGCAGACUUAAGGGACAUUUGUUGGCACUACUGAGGGAGGUCAGAGCUAAAGCAAAACAGCUCAGAUAAUGUACAGUAUAUCUUGAGCAACACAAAAACGAAAUUUGUUUAAUAUGAGCACCAUUUCAGAGGUGAUACAUUUCAAGAAAACUUCAUUUAAUUUGGUUUCUAACACAGUAAAGCAUACAGAAUUUUAGGGGCGUGUGUCAGUAGGUCAGUGAAACUUAUUGCCCGGAAAAUAUGGUAAAUCAAAACGUACGAUGAUCAGCGUUAUCUGCUUAGACUGCUCUGGUUUAUUUUUGUAAAAAAAGAAGCGGAUAUUAAUUUAUUUUGAUAGUCAUGCUGAGCACUUUCCAUAUUUAUUCAUUUGAAUGCAGAGAACAUAUUUUAUUAUGUGAUAACCUUUUGUGACUGUUUUGGUUCCUUAAUGCCAUGUGAUUUUUUAAAUUAUUAUUAUUAUUUUUUUUAAUUGUCAUUCCACGUUCACAUCCGGUUGACUAAAUGACUCCAGCUGAGAACAUAAGUGUUGAAUAGGAACUAUUUGUGGAUUAUUUAUUUCACUAUGAUAUAGUGUAGGUGUGGUGUUCGUCAAGUAUGAAGUGUUUACAGAUGUGUGAAUCGUGUAUGUGUUGUCCACUGAUGUAAUUAGUGUAGUGUCUGAAUUAGAAGUUUGUUUUUGUUUUUGUUUUUUUUGGUCAUAAAUUUCUUUGGAUGUUUAUUUGCACAGUCAUGGAAAGAUAAUGAUGUUGCUAAAGCAUCAGUACGCUGUUAUGACGUAUAAAUCAGCCAGAACGUACGCUUUGAUCACCAGCACUAAUGCUAUACUCUCCUAACAACAUACGUAGAAACAUGCAACACGUCUUCAUACGUCAGAAAUGUUAGCUUUUGAUGCGUGUAGGGAAAGUUUCAGAGAAGACAGGAAUACAGGUUUUACUGUCAUCCGACAUACUCGGGCUUCCUGGAUACUGCUUCUGAUACCGUAUAAGAUACCAACGAGCCUAGUGCAUGUGGUUGCGCUAAAAGAACAAGCAAUAGUUCACGAAUAACGAUCAAAACGAUCAAAACAAUAAAAUAGCAUAUCCAGAGGAGAAACUGCAGUAUCUUGUUAGAAAACCUGAUAAAAAAAUCUUAAAUUAAAAAAUAAAAUAAUUAAGCACAACGAGUUGAUUGCUAGCAGCACACAUCAACAUCUAAUACUGCAGUAACAGGUAGCUAGAGCAAGAAAAAAACAUCUACAUAAUAAAUAAAUAAAUAAAUAAAUAAAUAAAUGGUCCAUUGUUUAAAACUGUAGAGCUUUUUGAAACAAAACUCGUUGCUCUUCAUCGCAACCCUAUUCGAUUCCAAAUUCUCAAGAUGCACACAAGUGAGUUUGUCGUGUAAAUGAAUUUGAAUAAAUCUAUAAAGUUUCUGUUCGAUUAGAAAUGUCAAAGGAAUAGACUUUACUGAGAGGGAUGAGUAAAAUAUCUCGAUUUCAGUUCUAUUUUCUUUGAAACAACGAUGCACUAUAUUAUUACUAAAAUUUAGCAAAGGCUAAAUCCAGUGAAAGAAAUUAGCCAAAUUAUAACAAUUUUAUGUUUGUAGCAUUUUAAUUAAUUUUUUUUCAUGGUACAUGAUCACACCAGUCCAUUAUCCCACUCUUUAUUUAUUAUUUAUUUAUUUGUAUUUUAAGUUUUGUCUAGCAGAGUGAAAGAAAAAAAAAAAAAUGAAAUUAAGAGCACAAGUCUAUUAUGCAAAUGUAUGCAUGUGUGUUGGUUUGCACAUUACCCACGCACAUUCGUAAGAGAUUAGGAUACGAGGCCCUGUUUUCUGAGGGGACGUUAAUGAGAAAGCCCAUGGACUUUUAUUGUAGAUAUUGUUCUUAUGAAGAGAGAAAUGUAGCUCUGUACUGCUCUAUUCAUAGACACUAGCUUAGCAAACGUGUUCAGUGCCAAAGCUUUUCCCUUGAUUGAUUGUUUUUCUCUGAUCUUGUUUUACUGUGAUUUUGCAUAAUCUUAAAAGUACUGUAUGAUAAAAUUACACAGGAAUAUCAUUUCGUCAGGAAUGCACGCAGAUUACUAAAGCGCCGUGCUUCGUGUUCCUCGACUAAUUUUAGCUCAAUGAGGAGAUUCCAUGAUUGCUUUUCAAGACUGGACUGAACAAAACAUGCAUUUAAACAAAAAAAAAAAGUAUAAUCAUUCUUUUUUAAAAGAAUUUUAACCCAUCUCAGGCAACUAUCCUGUUUUUCUUUCCUUUUAAAAAAAGGGUUCUGACUGUAUUUUUCCUUGCUUUGAAUCACAGAACUGCCCAAAUGUGUAUAACUAGCAACAUUAAAUGCAUCAGUUAAUAUCACAAUAUCAUCAAAAAAGGGAGAAGAAUGAGACUUCUUCUUCUCAUAAACUUCAGGAAACUUGUAUAAUGACUUCCUGUUGAUCAUUUGGAGUUUUUAUGGAACAUUAAUGAAAAAUGCUGUUCUGUUGGACUGGAGUGGACAAAUUACAAUUUAAUUUUUGUUGGGCUGAGAGGGGCAAAAACUAUUUUUAUGGCAUUGGGAUAGGCAAAAAAUUGGACUGGAAGGUUUAGUUUUACUGCACUUGGAUAGGCACCAAUACAGUUUGUUGGGCAAGGAUGAGCGAAAACUAUUUUAUAUGGGCUGGGAUAGGCAAAUUUCAGUUUUUUUGGCAUGGGACGGGCAACAGUACAGUUUUUUGGUUAAGAUGGGAAGAAAUACAGCUUUGUUUGGGUAGAGUGGGCACAAACUCUAUUUUUGGGGCUGGGAUAGGCAAAAAAUUUGUUUUUUUGGACUGGGAUAGGCAGCAAUACAGUUUGUUGGAUGGGCAUGGGCAAAUUACAAUUUUGUUGGGAUGGAAUAGGCAAAAACUCUAUUUUGUUGGGCAGGGAUUAAGAGCAACAAUUUUUUGGUUGAGAUGGGCAGAAACAUAGUUUUUCUGGACUGGGAUAUGCAAAAAUACUGUUCUAUUCUGAUGGGAUAGGCAAAAAUACAGAUUUGUUAUGCUAGUAUGAGCAAAAAAAAUCUGUUUUAUUCGGUUAGGAUUUACAACAAGACAGUUUUAUUGGGCUGGAAUAGGUAAAAAUGUUUGUUGAGAUGGGCAAACAUACAGUUUUGUUGGGCUGAGAUGGGUAAACAUACAGUUCUGUCAGCCGGGGAUGUGCAAAAGCUCUGUUUUCUGGGCUUGAAUAGGCAUAAAUGCUGUUUUGUUGGACUCGGUUGGUCAACAGUACAGUGUUGCUGGGCUGGGAUAGGCAAAAAUGCUGUUUUGUAAGUUAUCUGUCUAAAACAUGCAAACUGGUUGCUGUUAGGGACACUUUACCUGUGUCUAACUGUUAUAUCAGUGGAACACAAACAGCAGCCCAAUCAUGGAAUCACCCACAAAGACAUUCAUCACAAAGAGCCAGAGCUCCAGCGCAGGCCAAUGCUGAUGCAGAGAGUUAGGACUCCGAGGUUUUGGAUGCCCAUUUUGUUACAUAAAUGCAUUACUGUGUUCUAUUAUUGCUGUUUCUUUACUUUCCUCAAGCUGAUGCUAUUUAAAAAGUGCAGUUGCUUAUGGUGUCCGUGUUGUGUCUGUAUUUUGUGAUAUAAUGUUCAAUGCAAGACCUUUUUUUGGAGAAAAUGUGUUAGUUCUCUCUCUCUCUCUCUCUCUCUCGCUCUCUCUCUCUUUCUCUCUCUCUCACACACACACAUACACACACACAGUAGACACUGUACAAAUGUAAAAAAUUUUCUGAUCAAUCUAUAAAGUUUGCUCACUGAGAAUCAGCUUUGAUCACAUGAUGGACCCUGUGACAUGUGAGGAGAUCGAAACUUCAACUGCUGGAUGCUCUAAGCACAAACCAACGCACUGAAAUAAACAGGAAAUGGUAAAGAAGCUUGAAUGUGAAAGCUGAUAGGACAUCCUCCGCGAGCAAAACAAUAAUCCCGAGAAAAAUGUGAAUGGCUUCAGGACGGUCUUUAUUUAUUUCUGCAGCGUUUUGUUGCACCUGUGGCGCUCAAACACUGACUCGAAAGAAGCCCCAGGGGUGACUCUGACUCGGAAAAAACCCCCACAACAACUUUUAUAUCUGGUCUUGUGUUUGAAUACCAACUCUUUGUGAAAAAGGAUGUUAUCGCUUCUUCACUGGAUCGUCCUGCUUUUCUUUUCCUCCGCACUCUAUCUAGUUCUCUCUGUGAGGUCUUGGUUCCCUUUAACAAACUGUCUUUGCAUUCAGGGUGUGUUAGUUUGUUAGUGUGUGUGUGCGUGUGUGUGUGUGUCUCCGAAUCGAGAGCCCAUGCUGCAUCAUAUCCAACAUACAGAGCGUUUCUCUAUGCAUUACGCGUUUGACAUGUGCAACUGGACGGAUUUUCUGAAUCGAUCAUGGCAAGAAAUUUUACCAAAACAUUAUUUGCCAAAUGAUUUAGAUGUCUGAUGUCUGUAGUGUCCUGAAAAUAAAAUGUCUGAUUUUAAAAGUAUAA